AUGUCCUUCGCCACGCGCCGCGUCGUCGCCCUCGCGACCUCCGUCGUGCUUCUCCUCCUCACCGUCGCCGACGCCGAGGUCGUGAUCAGCUCCGAGGACGUCACCGUCGCCGUCGCCGCGGAAGAACCUAGACGGCUCGAAGGCUUGACGCUCGAGCACGUGCUCGCGAAACACGUCGCGUUUCCCCGUGAAUCGUUGAUCGAACGCGCGAGCGACGCUCGGAACGACGGAGACGCGUGCGUGUCCGUGGAGGGGGUGACGUGCGCGGCGCUGCGAACGACGGAGGAGACGGACAAGGAUGCGGACACGGCGCUGCGACCGACGCGGACGAAACGCUCGCGCGUCUCGCUCGUGCGCCUGGAUGAUGUGGAGGAUUUGGUGAAGUAUUUCAAGUCGCAAGGAACGAUGGGGGAUGUAGGACGGAUCGCGGCGGCGGCGGACGACGCGAGCGCGGUGGGGGAACGGUUGAGCGCGUUGACGCGCGCCGCGGCGCAGGCGUUCGCGGACAUGAGCGCGGGCGGACGCGGAUCCAGCGGCCACGACGAGGAUGAGAAAGACGACGACGCGAGUGAUUCGUCGAUUUCGAAUGCACAGACGUCAUCGAUGGAGGAAACGCCGACGGAGACGACGCUCAGGCAAAAGUCAAAGAUUCCCAGGCGGUUGCGGGACACGGGCGGCUCGUUCGACGGUUCCAUGAAAUCCAUCCCCGGUUUGCGUCGUCGAACCGCGGUGUUUUACAACGCCCGCCCGAGCGCGGUGAGCGUGUACUGGGUCGAUUUCAACGGCCGAGAGGUGCACUACGUCGACGUGCACUCUCGACAUAAGGGCGUCGUGAAGUCGUUUCAGGGCCACGUGUGGAUCGUCCGCGAGUUCGAUUCGAGUCAGUUCAUCGCGCAAUACCUCGUCGGGGACGAGAGCACGCGCGCGCAGGCCUUCACAAUUCCCACCACGUAA